AUGCCACGGAUUGCCCUAUGGAACACCGGAGAUGCUACCAUUGCCAUCAAAUGGGUAAGAGCAACCAACUCCUCUGCAGAUGUUGAAUGCGACUAUAUGAGACCAUUCGAGUCAAACAUCAUACAGAAAAUAAUUGAAGCGAUAAUUAACACUCGCCCGUUGACAAAAGUAAGUGUAACGGAUCUUGAUGAGAUACCAAUAAGAUCUAUCGAUUUCCUACAAGGAAAUCUAAAGUACUCUAUUCCAAGCACGCAGUUACAGCGCGGUAAUGGCGAUACGUCAUAUGAUCCUGAGUUGGCUCAGACAGUUGCGCAAGCACAGGAAGAGUUAAUAUUUUCGGAAACGCUCGCUACAUUAUUUUGGGAGCGAUGGGACAAGGAAUAUCUCACAUACUUGAGAGAUAACCGGAGAGUGCUACUAAAACAACCGCGGCAUGUGACAAAUACACUGCAAAUUGGAGACAUUGUACUUAUUGUUAUUGAUGGUCUUGAAAGAUCAGUGAAGCUCCUCGCGCCAAAUAAAAGAGUUAUCCAAAGACCACUCAACAAAAUGUAUCCCUUGGAAAUGCGUAGUUCUGUGGAAGACUCGCUUCCAGAACUUGAAAAGGCUGUAUUUCUGAGUGGGAGAUACAACAGAGAGGAAGAGUAG